AGAAUGUGGAAGAAAACGGAAAAAGGAAAAAUAAUUGUGAGUGGGUUGGUCUCGUAGUGCAUUGGCUCAUUGUGUGUGAUUAGGGGUGGAAAAUCGGGUUGCGGGUAUCGGGUAUACCCUCACCCGUCCCGAUACCCGCGCGGGUAUCGGGUACCCGAUACCCGCAAAAUUCGGGUGGAGGGUCGGGUGCGGGUAUUGCAUCCUCGAAAAUUGCGGGUAGAGGGUACCCUCGGGUAUACCCGCGGAUACCCGCACUACCCGCAGAUUUAACAUUAUAAAAUUAAAAUUAAUAAUUUUAUUUAGGAUUUUAGGAAUUAAACCCCCAAAACUCUCAUAGCCCUAAUUUUUCCCCUAUUUCGUUCCUGCUGCGCUGGGCCUGGCCGCUGCCUUGGCUCUCGACUCUCUCCCUUCUCGACUUCGCCGCCGGCGCCGCUGCCCUUGGCGCCGUGUGUGUAUUUUUUAUUUCGUCAAGUGUGUAUUUCCCGCUACAACCAUUAUCGGCCACUGCCCUUGGCGACGCCGCCACCGUCUAGUUUCUCCAGUCGAAAAGCUAACAAAUCUUCCUAUUUGGGUCGGUUUCGAUUGGGGAAGAAUGGACUCAAUAGUGAAAAAAUAUCAGCAACGAUUUCAGAAAAUUAGGGAGGAGAUGAACCGGUGGGAAGAGCUCCAGUCUCAGCUGAUUUCCCAAUUCUCUAAUGCAUCUUCCAUCAUCAAGAGGUUGCAGGUUAUCCGAGAUUCGCAAAACUAUGGAGCUUUGAGAUGUGUUGAGGGCAUAGAAAGUGUUUUGUUGGCAAAACAGAUGGAUUCCCUCCAAAUCAUCUUCGUCUCCAUCAAAAAAUCGCGGGACUGUGAGGGUACCCUCAUACCCGCAGCGGGUAUCCGCUGCGGGUAUUCGGGUACCCGCAUCGGGGAAGAGGGUCGGGUGAGGGUGCCGUUUUCGGCGGUUUUCGUCCCGCGGAGGAAAAUGUUGAUGGAUGAAUGAGUGCAACUUAACAGCUUGGAGAAUGAGAAAGGUGAAAAUAAGUGGUAAUAUAAACUAAUUAAGUUGGAUUUUAUAAUAUUAUAGCGAUUGCUAUCAAGGCUAUAUAAUAGAUUUUUUUUUUUGACUUGGCUAUAUAAUAGAUUCUAAAAUCUAGAUUAGAUUCUGAUUUCAAAUGAUUGUUGUUGGAGUAUAUGAUAACAACAAGAUUCUCUAUAUAA